AUGACUGACGUUGGACAAGUGGUAACACUGUAUAUGAGAAAUGGUAAAUGUAUUCAGGGACGGAUCAAGUCCGUUGAUUCAGAUAAUCAAAUUGUGCUCGUAGAACGGCCCUUUUUAGAUGGUAAGCCGAUGGGUGGACUUGAAAGAAAAUUCCCGAUCAGUUCGAUUCUUUCUUUCCGGAUUUUGGAUGUUAGGACUGAAACAAGGAAUGGAAAGGUUAUUUCUGAAGGAAUUACUGCAGAAUCUAUAGAUGCUCCUGAUAAUGGUGCAAGUGCGAAAGGAAGCAAAGCACGAUCAGCUGAACAUUCGAUGAACAUUCAAAAACCUUUAAUUGAAUUGCAUGCCGCCGGUGACUUUCCAUCAAAAGCAGCAAAACAUAUAAGGUCAGCACAACGAACAAAUUUCAAAAAGGGAUCAGGUAAAGCAUCUACAAGCACUCACAAGAAUAUUGCUACUACCGAUACUGCCACAAUUCUCGCGUUCAGUAAUCCAUCACUCCAUACAAAUCAACAGCAGUCGCCUUGCUCCUCUCCUUCUGGUUCGUCUUGUUCAUCGCCAAUAACCAAAGCAUUAUCGAAAUUAAACAGUAAGCCUGGAACUCACUCAGGUGGGAAACGUUUUCCAGCAAAUUGUAAUGAACCGAAAUUGCUGCCAUGUUCAGCUGGUCAGUCGCACAAGGCAAGACGAAAUCGUGGGCAUAGUGGGAUAUUGGAAUCAGAUGCUUUUGGUCAAAAUAAUCGAGAUAAGAAAACAAAUGAAGAUCUUAUUAAACCUAUAGAUUUUGAUUUGAAUGAGGAUUUCGAUUUUGAGAAAAAUUUGGAGAUUUUCAGAAAUUAUGAAAAAAAUGCCAAUAUUUCCGAGCAGAAGGAAAUCUCAGCUCUGGGGACGCAGUUUUCACAGAAGAAUUACGAACAUUUUGAAAAUAUCAUUUCGGAUCCAUCGAGAGUUACGUCAUGGACAACAAGGACAAAUGAUCAGUUUACUGCUGCUCGUUUUGAAAAAACAGUGGAUGGACAGCGGAUUCCGUUUUUAAAACCGUGUGAUAAGGAAAAGUUUUUGCAGGUUACUUUCAAGUUUGAAAUAAUGGUUAGUCAAAUGGUUGUGUUGGACUCAGCAGCAGUUAAUACUUUUUUAACGACGAUGUUUUUGCGUCACAUCUCAAAUAGAGCUUGUCAAACAGUUGUAUAUUCAUGCUUACUGGGGCAGUACAAUUUGCCACAUGUACUUCAAGUCCAUGAUGUACAAGAGCUUCCGAAACAUGAUGUUCAACUUAUCGUUGUUUUGGGCCCUUUGCUUUUGGAAAGUGUCAAGAAAUGGAUAAAGAAUUUGUGGCCGCCAGUUCAUUUGAUUUGUAUAGAGAAACCGCCAGAGCUUAUCAAAAAUGAGCAUAUCUUGAUGGUUGGUGUUGGAACUGAUAACAGUGAUUCCUUAAAGCAAAAGAAUUCGGAUGGUUUGCGCAGUAUUGCAGAUAUUGGAAUACCAUUUGCUUGGAUGGAUGCUGAUUCUGCUGCAUGUCUUUCACGUGCAUUUGCUACUCAAAAUAUUGUUUUAUGUUGA